AUGGCUGUUGUGAUCAGGACCAAUACAGCGCUGUUGAUCAUUGAUGUCCAGAAGGACUUCUGCAAAGGUGGCUCAUUGGCAGUCCCGGAUGGUGACGCUGUUGUAGACGUUAUUAAUGGUCUCAGAGAGAAAUUAUCUCCGGCCACAUCAUUAGUCUGCUUAACCCAGGAUUGGCAUCCUGUAGGCCAUGUGAGCUUCCAAUCGACACAUGCAUGCCAAGGGGCUGAGCUAUUCAAACCAUUUAAGUUACCGGACGGUACAGAACAGAUGAUGUGGCCCGACCAUUGUGUCCAGUGUACGAAGGGUUCCCAGUUCCACGAUAGACUCGUUGUGAAGGGCACGGAUAAGUUCAUCAAGAAGGGAACUAAUGUCAGUGUCGACAGCUAUUCGGGUUUCUUCGACAACAACAGAGUUCACCACACGGAGUUGAACGCCAUUUUGAAAGCUGCCCAAAUAAUCCGAGUCAUUAUAGUCGGCCUUGCCUUCGACUACUGUGUCGGCUAUACAGCCCUUGAUGCUGUUGGACUGGGGUACAAAGCCAUCGUGGUAGAGGACGCUACAAGACCUGUCGCACCGGACUCUGCUUCUGCUAUGCGAAAACGACUACUAGACGCCGGCGUUGAACUGGUGCACUCGAAAGACGUUAUCUGA